AUGUCGGAUUCUUCGUCAUCCGAUGGAGAAGACAAUCAAAAGUUCUUGGCCAAAAGAAAAAAGACGCUCACCAAAAGUAAGAAUUCUUAAAGGCUUGAUAAAACGUUAAACCUUCAGAAAAAGUUGUCACUGAAGCUAUAGAAGAAGAAGAAAUAGAAGAAGUUGAAGAAGAGAAAACUUUCGCCGAGCUCGGAGUUUCUCAGCCUUUGUGCGAUGCUUGCCAACGUCUUGGAUGGCUGAAACCGUCAAAAAUCCAACAAGCAGCUCUCCCGCACGCUCUCCAGGGCAAAGAUGUGAUCGGAUUGGCCGAGACCGGUUCAGGAAAGACCGGAGCGUUUGCCAUCCCCGUUCUCCAGUCUCUUCUCGAUCAUCCACAAGCUUUCUUCUGCUUGGUUCUGACGCCAACAAGAGAAUUGGCCUUCCAAAUCGGUCAGCAGUUUGAGGCGCUCGGCUCGGGAAUCGGUCUGAUUGUGGCGGUUAUCGUUGGAGGAGUUGACAUGGCUGCUCAGGCGAUGGCUCUUGCCAGAAGACCGCACAUCAUCGUGGCCACUCCGGGUCGUCUCGUUGAUCACCUGGAAAACACGAAGGGAUUCAAUCUGAAAGCCCUGAAAUUUCUCAUUAUGGACGAAGCUGAUCGUAUCCUGAACAUGGAUUUCGAGGUCGAACUCGACAAGAUUCUGAAGGUGAUUCCUCGCGAGCGCAGAACGUAUCUGUUCUCUGCGACAAUGACGAAGAAAGUGUCAAAACUGGAGCGUGCUUCAUUGCGAGACCCAGCUCGCGUUUCCAUUUCCACUCGUUACAAGACCGUCGACAACCUCAAGCAGCACUACAUUUUCAUUCCGAACAAGUACAAGGAGACGUAUCUCGUCUAUCUGCUCAAUGAGCACGCCGGAAAUUCGGCCAUCGUUUUCUGUGCCACGUGUGCCACCGCCAUGCAGAUCGCUGUGAUGCUGCGUCAAUUGGGAAUGCAGGCGGUCCCUCUGCACGGCCAAAUGAGUCAGGUGAGUCCGUUCUGUCAGAAUUCUGGAACAAAUGCAGACAACAAAUUCGUUUUCUGGUCAUUCCCACCCUUGGCUUUUUCCAGGAAAAACGUCUCGGAUCACUGAACAAAUUCAAGAGCAAAGCACGCGAAAUCCUCGUGUGCACGGAUGUGGCGGCCAGAGGACUCGACAUCCCCCACGUCGACUUGGUCAUCAACUAUGAUAUGCCGUCCCAAUCGAAGGAUUACGUGCAUCGAGUCGGAAGAACCGCUCGUGCCGGCCGCAGCGGUCUCGCAAUCACAGUCGUUACGCAGUACGAUGUGGAGGGAUAUCAGAAGAUUGAGACUCAUUUGGGAAAGAAACUGGAGGAGUACAAAUGUGUGGAGAACGAGGCGAUGGUUCUGGUGGAACGAACUCAGGAAGCUAUGGAGAAUGCAAAAACCGAGAUGAAGGAGAUGGACGAAAAACGGAAAUCAGGCAAGAAGAGAAGGCAAAACGACGACUUCGCGGACACGGAAGAAGGUGGCGGACGAUUCAAAAUGAGCAUCAAGAACCGAGGAGCUGGUGGUGGAGGCGGAGGAAUGAACAAGAAGAAAUUGAAGAAAUGA